AAGGCAGGUGAAGAUGCCUCUGAGAUGAUAAAAACUACAGAGGAGAAUAAGAGGUCAGCAGUAGAGAAAGAAGCUGAAGUUCGGGAAGUUUUACAAAAUUUGAAUUCAAAAUUGCUAUUAAUUGGUAAUAUUGUUCAUGAUUCAGUUCCAAUCAGCGAUGACGAGGCAAAUAAUGAGGUGAUUCGAGCAUGGGGUGAGAAAAGAUUGGAGCCAAAACUAAAGAAUCAUGUUGAUCUUAUUAAGCUCCUUGGAAUUGCAGAUUUAAAGAAAGGUGCCGAUAUAGCUGGAGGCAGAGGCUUCUAUUUGAAAGGAGAUGGCGUGCGUCUUAAUCAAGCUCUUAUUAACUUUGGUCUUGAUUUUUUGGAGAAAAGGGGAUUUACAUUAUUGCAUACUCCAUUCUUCAUGAGAAAAGAGGUCAUGGCUAGGUGUGCUCAAUUAGCACAAUUUGAUGAAGAGCUUUACAAGGUAACAGGUGAGGGAGAUGACAAAUAUCUGAUUGCUACUGCCGAACAGCCGCUUUGUGCGUAUCAUUUGGAUGAUUGGAUCCAUCCUUCUGAGCUACCAAUAAGGUAUGCUGGAUAUUCGUCUUGCUUCCGUAAAGAGGCUGGUGCACAUGGUCGAGAUACUCUGGGAAUAUUCAGAGUUCAUCAGUUUGAGAAGGUGGAGCAGUUUUGUAUUACCAGCCCUGAUAAUGAUGAAUCUUGGGCCAUGCAUGAGGAAAUGCUCAAAAACUCUGAAGAUUUCUACAAGAUGCUAAACCUCCCCUAUCAAGUUGUUUCUAUCGUUUCUGGUGCUCUGAAUGAUGCAGCUUCAAAGAAGUAUGAUUUGGAGGCAUGGUUUCCUGCAUCUCAGACUUACAGAGAGCUGGUGUCCUGUUCAAACUGUACAGACUAUCAGGCAAGAAGAAUGGAAACGCGAUAUGGACAGAAAAAGAGCAAUGAGCAGACAAAGAAAUAUGUACACUUGUUGAACUCUACUCUCAUAGCAACAGAGAGGACCAUGUGCUGCAUUAUUGAGAACUACCAAAGGGAGGAUGGUGUUGAGAUUCCAGAAGCUUUACAAGAAUUUAUGGGUGGAAAGACCUUCCUACCUUUCAAGAACUAGUAUUAUUAUUAUAAUUAGUUGCAAACUUGAGCUAUUUUUGUAAUGACCCAAUGAAAAGCACUAGUCAUAUUUGUGCUAUACCUCAAAAAGACUAGUCACAAUUUAGACUCAUUGUAGUUAAUAAAAUCCAGUUCCAUGAAA